AUGAGUCCUCGGAUCGUGGUACUAAUAUCAGGAUCAGGUUCGAAUCUGCAGGCUUUGAUCGAUGCUAAAUCUGAAAACAAGCUUCCGGGCGAAAUCGUGAGAGUGGUGUCUUCGAGUAAAAAUGCGUAUGGUUUGGAAAGAGCUGCCAAGAAUGGAAUACCAACUAAAGUGCAUUCUUUGUACUCAUAUACAAAAGGCUUAGCAAAAGACGACAAAACUGGCAGAGCUUCAGCAAGACAAAAUUUCGAAAUUGAUUUAGCCUCAGUAGUUCGUCAAGACAAACCUGAUCUUAUAGUGUGCGCAGGUUGGCUACUGAUUUUGGGGCCAAACUUUUUAAAAGAAAUUGGACAGGUUCCUAUUAUCAAUUUACAUCCAGCACUACCAGGCGCAUUUGACGGUACAACGCAUGCUAUAGAAAUGGCCUGGCAAAAAUGCCAAGAUGACCAGAAGGCAAUAAUAGCUGGCUGCAUGGUCCAUUAUGUUAUUCAAGAGGUCGACCGUGGCGAGCCGGUAAUUAUCAAACAGUUAGAAAUUGUGCCAGGUAAAGAAUCCUUGGAACAAUACGAACAAAGAGUUCAUGCCCAGGAACAUAUAGCUAUUGUAGAAGCAGUUCAGAAAAUUUUGGGGAAUAAAAGCUGA